GCUGACCGACUGCUUUUGCACCACAGGGUCAACCUUCGCACCCAGAAGCGCCUCGCCGCCUCCGUGGUGGGCUGCGGCAAGCGCAAGAUUUGGCUCGACCCCAAUGAGAUGAAUGAGAUCUCCAACGCCAACUCCCGCCAGACCAUCCGCAAGCUCGUCAGCGAUGGCCUCAUCAUCCGCAAGCCCGUCACCAUGCACUCCCGCUCCCGUGCCCGUGAGCUUGCCGCCGCCCGCAGAAUCGGCAGACACCGUGGUCUGGGUAAGCGCAAGGGUACCAAGGAGGCUCGUAUGCCCAGCCAGAUCCUCUGGAUGCGCCGCAUGCGUGUUCUCCGUCGCCUGCUCGUCCGCUACCGUGCCUCCGGCAAGAUCGACAAGCACCUUUACCACGAGCUCUACCACCUGAGCAAGGGUAACACCUUCAAGCACAAGCGUGCCCUCGUUGAGCACAUCCAGAAGGCCAAGGCCGAGCGCCACCGUGAGCGUGUCCUCAAGGAGGAGAUGGAUGCUAAGCGUGCCAAGAACAAGGCUCUCCGUGAGAGACGCGCGGAGCGCAAGGAGGCCAAGCAGAACGCCCUUGUUGCUGAGGCUCAGGAGUAA